CCGAAUGAAUCACCUCCGGAGAAGCCUUGGCAUCUUUUGCAGGGGGCGGAGUCCAGUAGAAAAGCACCCCGGUUCGUAUCUUUUGACCAGAGCCGAGUGGAAGGAGUCGGAGUAUAAAAGCGACGGCGGCGGCGCGGAUUGCCCCGCUCGACGAUGAGGAUGAGCGCAAGUACUUUGGUUACUGCUUUACUAGGCUGCUCGCUAGCCACUUUCCUGCUGCUGAAAUGGCGGAGGUGGCGGCAGGUCCAGGACAAGAUAGCGAAGGCGAGGAGACGGCGGGAGGACGCCUUCGAGCAAAUGGGAAGAGCCGCACAGCGCUUCCAAGAGCAGAAUCCAAAUCACCAACCAGAACGUAUUUUACCAUUGAGUUUGCUUGAACUCUGUCAGAAACUUCGGGAUGGUUCACUCACACCUGAUAGUGUUUUCUACACCUAUGUGGAUAAGGCCUUGAAAGUGACUGCAGAUGUCAACUGCAUAGUCGAUUACUUAGCAGAGAAUGAAUCCCAGCUUCUGCAUAUGAACAGUGAAGGAGAAAAGGGCUUGCUCUAUGGAGUUCCCGUCAGCAUAAAGGAAUCCAUUAACUGCAAGAAAUACCAUCCCAAGAAACAUAAACUGAGAUAUGAAAGAGACUCAAUAGAAAAGGACGGGAGAGAGGAGGAGAGAAUGAAAGGAAGAUGGGAGGAAAGAAAGGGCUAUGACACCACUUUGGGCUUUGCAAAGCAUCUCUUCCAACCAGCAGCAGAAGAUGCUGUGGUAGUGCAGGUGUUGAAACAUCAAGGAGCAAUUCCAUUCGUAAAAACAAAUGUUCCCCAAUCUCUACUUAAUUAUGAUUGCAGUAAUCCGAUCUUUGGAGCAACAGUGCAUCCUUUGAAUCCCACAAAAAGCCCUGGUGGAUCGUCAGGAGGUGAAGGAGCUCUUAUUAAAAGUGAAGGAUCCAUUCUGGGCAUUGGCACAGAUAUAGCAGGCAGCAUUCGUAUCCCAAGUGCCUUUUGCGGAAUUUGUGGUUUAAAAACCACUAGCAACAGAAUUAGCAAAAAAGGAAUUGUUCCAUGCAUUGCUGGUCAGAAAGGAGUUUUUGUUGGCAUGGGACCAAUGGCACGGGAUGUUGACGGCCUUGCCCUUUGCCUGAAAGCUCUCUUGUGUGAGAAAAUGUUUCAUCUGGAUCCCACGGUGCCACCUCUUCCUUUCAACGAACAAGUUUAUACCAGCUCUGCUCCCCUCAGAAUAGGAUAUCAUGUGACUAAUUCCUAUAGUAUGUCAAGCCCUUCCAUGACACGGGCUGUGAUGGAAACCAAGGAGCUUCUGGAAAUAAAUGGCCAUGUGUUGGUCCCCUUUGAGCUACGUCACAUGACCCAUUUUAUGAACUACUUCAUUCCUGCGACAUUGUUUGGUGAUGGUGGUGCCGCUUUGCUGCAGUUUUUUGAAGGUGAACCUGUAGAUCCGAAACUAAGGUUUACCAUGAUGGUCCUUAAAUUACCUUACUGGAUGCGAAGAUUCCUAUCCUGGAUUAUGAGACCAAUAAUUCCUCGUUAUUCAAGAACUAUGAGCAACAUCAAAGACAGGUCUGUAAAAGAACUCUGGAAAUGUCACACGGAAAUUGAGGAAUAUAUCAGAGAAUUCACUGAAGAAUGGAAAAGACUGGAACUGGAUGUGCUGCUUUGUCCUGCUAUAGGUCCUGCUUUUAAGAAUGGGUUUGCUUCAAAAGUACCAGAGGUCUGUAGUAAUACCAUGUUAUAUAACUACUUGGACUUCCCUGCUGGAGUAGUACCAGUUACAACAGUGACAAAGGAGGACGAAGAGGAGCUGAAGAGUUUCAAAGGACACUACAAUGAUUUCGGGGACAAACUCCAUGCAAAGGCAGUGAAAGGGGCUGUGGGACUCCCUGUGGCUGUCCAGUGCGUGGCUUUGCCAUGGCAAGAAGAGUUAUGUCUCCGGUUCAUGAAAGAAGUGGAGAAGCUAACCAGAGAAAAAUCAAUCAUGAUAUGAUACCAAAGCAACCAGAAUAGAAUUCUUCUAUACUAGCUAUGGACUCUGGGGACUAAUUUAGUUUGUACAACUAUGGGAAGUCACUAUGGAAGUAUUUGUUGAGAAAAUGUAAGGGGAACAAUAAUUAUAGAGUUGAGCUUCACACCUUUAAAUACUUUCCAUUAAAAUAUUCAGUACCAUUCCAGCCCAAUAAAUAUAAAAAAUUACCCUGUCUAAACUAAUGAAAUUGAAAUUUUUAACAUGGUUUUGGAAUCAGUGUGUCUAUGGAUGAAGAAUUGAUUUUCCCCAGCAAUUAUGUAGAUGAAUGAAGGCAUCUGAUUGUACUUGGGUAUGAUAUUAUUCCAAUGCAAUGUAUUAAUAAAAAUAAAGUUUCCCUAAUUUUUCCUGGGCAUAGGUGAGAGUAUGUUUGUCAGUAACUUAGCAAUAUAUUAAUCUUCAAGUGGUCUCAAGUGGUUUUAAGUUUGAAAAUGAAUAACUCUUGGCAUCGAUUAAGACAGGCUGAAGUUCACGCAUUCUUUUUUCCAGGACCAGUUUUUUCCUAAAGCUCAUUACAGUUCAGCUAAAUGUACUGUAUUUGCUUAGUUUGAUAAGUUUGCUGCGAAUACAACAUUCUUUUUUUGAAAUUACAACUUUUUGUGAAACAAUGGCAUGGCUUUUAUCGCAAUUAGAAAUAUUUGUGAUCUAUCCCUUUAUUUUUGCUUAGUUUAAUUCUCUAGAUCCUCUAUUUAUUUCUAUAUAGAGAAAGGAUAUGUUCAGUGUUUAUACAAUAAUAACGGUUCCUUCCAGUUUUACAUAUCUGCAGCAAGCUCUUCAUCUCUUCUUCAGCUCCUAUCUGUCCAUG